AUGGCUACUGCAAGAGACAUCUCUGGCACGAGGCCUUCCAUCGAGUCGGGAAACAUAGGAAAAGAACAAGACCAUGUACCAACUAAUCAUGUCGAAGAGGUUACCGGAGGUCAAGAUAUUGACAUCAAACUCACGAGCCAGUCCGAGGAAAUCUUCUUUACCGAAGAAGAAGCAGCUAGAGUCAAGAGAAAGAUAGACUUCAUAAUCUUACCUCUUUUGUGCGGCUGUUACAUUUUCUCAUUUCUGGACAAGACCCUCAUUAACUACAGUUCCAUCUUUGGAUUGAAACAGGCACUCAAACUUCAUGGCUCACAAUACAGCUGGCUGGGAAGCAUCUUUUAUAUCGGUUAUAUGAUCGGCUCGAUUGUCUGGGCUAAACUUGUUCACAAAUGGCCACAACAUACAGGGAAGCUCAUUGCUGCAGCCGUGCUGGCUUGGUCGUGUAUUGUGUUGCUCACACCUUUAUGCUUCAACUUCGCUGGUAUCAUGGCUGCACGAUUUUUUCUUGGGCUCGUGGAGAGCGUCAUUGGGCCGGUCUUCGUCAUCGUCACAAGCAACUGGUGGACUCGACCAGAACAAGCAUUCAGGACUGCCUUUUGGCUCGGCGGGACCCCGAUUGGAAAUUUCUUCGGUGGUAUUAUCUCAUAUGGUCUUGGGUCCAUUCAUAGCUCAUCAAUAGCCACAUGGAAGAUCUUCUUUCUUUUCUUCGGCUCUCUCAGCUUUGCGUUCGCACUUGUUCUCGCAUACCUUAUGCCUGACAACUACUCCAAUGCUAGGUGGCUCACACCGCGCGAGAGAGAAGUCGCAAGGGACAGGGUGAGAGAAAACCAGACCGUCUCUACUGAUAACCACUGGAAGUGGACGCAAUUUUGGGAAGCAUUGAGAGAUCCUCAAACCAUUUUCUUCUUUAUAACCGCAGUUGGCAACACGAUGCCAUCGACAUUUGCGAGUCAAUUUUCGAGCCAAAUCGUCCAAGGUUUUGGGUUUUCAGCUUUGCAAACUACGGUUAUUUCUGCGUGUCCGGCUGCAGCCAUUCAACUGGGUACUUUCCUCAUUUUAUCCUACAUAGCAUCUCAUCGCGACAACAUCAGGCUUCUGCUUUCAAUCUUAACUUCUAUACCACCCCUAAUAGGUGCAUGCUUGCUUCAUGCCCUGCCCGAAAGUAACCGCGCCGGUCGUCUGGCAGGGUAUUAUCUUACCUUUACGCACUCAAUGUCGUUUACGCUUAGCACUGGAUUAAUGGCCUCGAAUUAUGCAGGAAAUACGAAGAAGUCGACUGCUUCUGGUAUCAUCUUCGCUGGAUGGGCCGCCGGACUCAUUGCGGGCCCUCAAUUCUUCCUUGAUAGCCAAGCACCAGUUUAUGACUUGGCCUUCAGAAUGCUCAUGGGUUGUUAUGCUUUGAUGAUCAUUAUACCGAUUCUGCAGUACCUGUGGUACAGACAUGAAAAUAAUCGACGUGAUCAGAAGUUGGCCCGGGAUGGAGGUGGCGCGGAGGAGGUUCUCAGAACAGAAUUCAGUGACAAGACAGACUUUGAGCGGUGGCAGACAUUCAGGUACACUCUAUAA